GCCAGUGGCCGCCAGUAGCCGGGGUAACACGUGGAGAGCCACCAGCAGCUGGCGUGCGGGCCGCAGCGCUGUCAGUCAGUCCUGCUCACCCGCCCUGAGAGGUCCUUACCAGUUCACUAUUUUGAUUGUGAUGGCGCCACUAUACUAACAUAUACCAUGAAACUAUUCAGAAGAGGAAUAUACCGACACGUGUAUAUAGUGUUCCUGUUGGCCCUGGCACUGCUUUAUGUCUAUAAACGAGGCGCGGACGACCAGUGGCAUGCUGUGAGGCGCAAGUUAAUACUCGGCGUUAAAGACAGUCCGGAAGGAUUCUUCGACAAGUUGGAGGACUCUGGCGGUGAUGACCAAGAGGUCAGAAGAACUAUCAAUGCCUUCCCGGAGUCAGGGGUCGUGGAGGGCCAAUUACAGCCAUUGGUGGACUGGCACAACCACACACAGGAGGCUCUGGACAAGGCCAGGAAGGGCCCAGGAGAACAGGGUUCACCUCAUUUCCUUCCCCCUGGCCUGGAGAAGAAGAGGGAUGAUCUCUACUACACAAAUGGCUUUAAUGCUCUCCUCAGUGACGACCUGGCCCUCGACCGGUCACUUGGGGACAUUCGUCAUCCAAAAUGUAAGACCAAACUGUACAGCGCUAGACUGCCAACAGUGAGCGUAGUGAUUCCCUUCUUCGAGGAGCACUGGACCACUCUCCUACGCACAGUUGUCUCUGUCUUCAACCGCUCGCCCAAAAAACUUCUGAAGGAGAUUAUCCUAGUUGAUGAUGGUAGUACCAUUAAGGACUUUCUAAAGGAGCCACUGGACAAGUGGUUAGCUGAGCAUGUGCCCAUCGCUAAGGUAAUACGACUGCCUAGUCGUGUUGGGCUAAUUGUUGCUCGCCAGGAAGGGGCCAAAGCUGCCACGGCAGACACAAUCGUUGUCCUUGACUCCCACUGUGAGGUCAUGGUCAAUUGGCUCCCGCCACUUUUAGAUCCCAUUGUGCUCAACUACCGCACUGCUGUGUGUCCUCUCAUUGAUGCCAUCAAUCAAGACACAUUUGGCUACUCGCCACAAGACAACGGAGGCCGAGGGGCAUUUGAUUGGCGAUUAUAUUACAAAAGGAUGCCUCUGAGAGAGAGAGAGGAGAAGCUCUUACCAGAACCAUUUGAGAACCCUGUGAUGAAUGGUGGACUGUUUGCCAUUAGCCGCAAGUUCUUCUGGGAAUUGGGUGGUUAUGACCCUGGCCUUGCUAUCUGGGGCGGUGAACAGUAUGAUCUUUCUUUCAAGAUCUGGCAGUGUGGUGGAAGGUUGUUAGAUGCACCGUGUUCAAGGGUCGGGCAUGUGUUCAGGGGUGCUCCUGCUGGCCGGCCAUCAGUUACUGGUGACUUCCUCAGUAAGAAUUACAAAAGAGUAGCAGUAGUGUGGAUGGAUGAGUACGCAGAUGCACUGUACCGCAAAAACCCUCAUCUGAAGGAAGUUGACCCUGGGGAUGUCUCUAGAGAGGUGGAGAUACGUGACCGUCUGAAGUGCAAAAGUUUCAAGUGGUACUUAGAGAAUGUGGCUCCUGACUUACUGAAAAAAUAUCCACCUAUUGAGCCACCGGACUAUGCUAAUGGAACAAUAAAGAGUGUGGCGGCACCAACGCUGUGUCUAGACAAUGGGUCAAAGGAGUACGGUGACAUCAUCAUGUAUGGCUGUCACGGUGGAGGUAGUCAGUACUUCGCACUGUGUUGGCAUAAGUCAAUCAGGAUUCAGAGUGAACAGUUCUGUUGGGUGGUGCCUCAUUCCUUGGGACGCCCAGUGUCCACCACCAACUGCCUCAACAAGCCAGGCGUCCCCUACCAGGCCUGGAGAUAUGAUCCUGACACAAAACAGAUUGAAUCAGAGAGCCACAGGUGGUGUGUGGAGGCUGUGCCCACAUCGUACUCAGUAAAAAUGGCAAAGUGCGAUAUCACUAAGAUUGAACAGAGGUGGAUCUUCAGCUUCAUCAACACCAAGCUCAUAAGGGAUCAAUUCCCUCCUUUCCCUGGGUCCAGGGAUACUCUUUAAGGAAAUAGUAGAGACAGACAUAUACAGGUACAGACAUACACAGAAUAAAGACCUGGAUAAAAUAAGUAUAGAGCAAGUAGAGCACCACUUGGCAAAUUUAAUUUAAUGUGAAUAAGUGCCAUGUUAUGGAAUGUGGAAUAGGAGAACAUAGACCCCACACAACCUAUAAAUUAUG